CCUUUAUAAGUGCGGCCCGGUCGAGGCUUCGGUACUUUCUUCCAUCGAGCGUUGUCUUACACGUCCUUGGAACACAACAAGCAUGAAGGUUUUCGUAGCUCUUGCGGCAUUGCUGGCUGUGGCCAAUGGAUGCGGUCAGCAGGCCAUCCAACCACGUACCAUGGGCAUGACUCGCGUGGUCAACGGGGAGAACGCGGCUGCACACAGCUGGCCGUGGCAGGUGUCGCUGCAAACCUCCAGCACCUGGCACUACUGUGGCGGAGUUCUGAUCAGUGAUCAGUGGGUUCUGUCUGCCGCUCAUUGCUACCAAUCCGACUACUCGACACACAGCGUCAUCCUGGGUGAGCACGAUCGCAGCUCCGGCAGUGAGGACAUCCAGGUCAUCCCCAUCGAGCAGGAGAUUAUGCACGAGCGCUACAGCUCCAGGACCAUCGAGAAUGACAUCAUGUUGGUGAAGCUGUCCAGGCCCGCUGUCCUUGGUGAUCACGUGAGCGUGGCGUGCCUGCCGGAGCAGGGCGAGACUCACCACGACGUCGGCGGGACCUGCUAGAUCACCGGCUGGGGCCGCACCAGUGGAACCGCUGAUGGCGCAAUGGUCCUCCAGCAGGCCAACCUCCCCCUGAGGACCGACUCCCAGUGCGGCAGCUCCUGGGGCAGGAACUACGACUCCACCAGCAUGCUAUGUGCCGGACUCAACGGCUCCGGUGGAUGCAUGGGAGACUCUGGCGGCCCGUUCGUCUGUGAGAGGAACGGUGCGUACGACAUUGUUGGUCUAGUGUCCUGGGGCUCCAGCUCCUGCAGCACUUCCUACCCAACAGUCUUCGCCAAGGUGUCCGCCUACAGGGACUGGAUCGAGCAGAGGACCGGACUCACCUUCUGAUUGGUCCACUGA